AUGAUCAAGGCCGUCAUCAUCAUCAAUACGGCGGGAAAGAUUCGUCUGCUGAACGUGUAUGAGAAGGAUGUUCCGCUUGGUGUUCAGCAGGAACUUGUACGCCGCAUUCAUCGCCUUAUCUCGCGGCGCAGCGCUGACCUUUGCAACUUUGUGGAUGACUUCCGCGACUGGCCCACUCCCGAUACCCGUGUGGUGUACCGCCACUACGCCACGCUGUGUUUUGUGUUCAUUGUAGACAGCAGCGAGUCCCAGCUGGCGAUACUUGAUCUUAUCCAGGUGUUCGUGGAGUCGCUCGAUCGCAUCUUUGAGAACGUGUGCGAACUGGACCUCAUUUUCCACUCAGACAGGGUACAGCUGUUGCUAAUGGAAAUAGUGAUGGGCGGCAUGGUGCUGGAGACAUCGCGCGAGGAGAUACUUCGGGCGAAUGCCGAGAUGCAGCGGAUCGGGAGCUCCAAGGCGGGCACUGGAGCAGCCGCGGCGACCGGUUACCACUAG